CUGCAGACGAAGUGUCUGAAGGACUAUUUGAGAGACAUUGCCGAUGCUGAGAAGGUGAAGUACAUUCUGAACGCUUCCCAUCAAGUAGUUCGGAUUACCGAAGUCUUGGCACAGUUGGGUGAAGAAGUUGGUAACGGAGCAGAUGGAAGUCGUGACAUAUCUAGCAAUGUCACCCACAGCGGAGACAUUGCUGCCAUGCAACACAUAAGGUUCACAGCAAUGCGCAUCGCUGUUGUUACUUGUAAGGUGAAGCCGCCAUCAGCCGAUCAGCUCGAAGUGGACGUGGAGAGCAGUUCCCGUCGUGUGCCAUCCGUACCACCACCUCAUGACGACUUCUUGCGUGAACUUGUCCAGUUGGCAGCAUUCCAUGGGAAAUCAAGACAGGAAGUCUUGGAUGUCGUCGAUUCCUUGAGUGAUGAGUACUUCACUCGAAAAAUGAACAAUCUAGCUUUUACGGAAACUACUCCCCCUCCUACUGUAAUAUCCCCACGGAAUUCAGUGCAGUCAUACACACCAUCGUCACAAUUGCCGUCUCCUAGUGGGCCAACUACUCCGAUUCCAUACAAUAAUAUUUAUAGCAAAUUCGAAUACGUGUGA